AAGGAAUACCCGAGGAAACCCGGGGACUGGGACUUUGCUGAAGGGAUGGCUUCCUCCGCUCCUUCGUCCUCCAACGAAGCUCCGGACCCCGCCCCGACUAACUUACGACCCACAACUUACGACUCGUGGUGCGGUGUGGCUCAUGGGUGCACCAGGAAGAUCGGGCUGAAGAUAUGCGGGUUCCUGCAACGAACCAACAGCCUGGAAGACAAGAGCCGGAUCGCCAGCUCCCUGAAGGAAAGGCAGUCCUCCAAGACCCUGCUGGCUUGCGAGAACAGCGAGAAGGAAUCUAGGUUCCGGCGCACCGAGACAGACUUCUCCAAUUUGUAUGCCAGAGAUUUGCUGCCCUCCAAGAAUGGUGAGGAACAGACCAUGCAGUUCCUGCUGGAGGUUGUGGACAUCCUCCUCAACUACAUAAAGAAGACGUUUGAUAGAUCCACCAAAGUGCUGGACUUCCACCACCCGCACCAGCUCCUGGAGGGCAUGGAGGGCUUCAAUUUAGAACUGUCGGACAAUCCGGAAUCCCUGGAGCAGAUCCUGGUGGACUGCCGGGACACGCUGAAAUACGGAGUGAGGACAGGUCAUCCUCGCUUUUUCAAUCAGCUCUCCACAGGGCUGGACAUCAUUGGCCUGGCCGGGGAGUGGCUGACAUCGACUGCUAAUACAAACAUGUUCACCUAUGAAAUUGCCCCUGUUUUUGUCCUCAUGGAACAAAUAACACUUCGAAAGAUGAGAGAGAUUAUUGGAUGGUCAAAUAAAGAUGGUGAUGGAAUAUUCUCACCUGGAGGAGCAAUCUCCAACAUGUACAGUAUAAUGGCCGCACGCUACAAGUACUUCCCUGAAGUUAAAACCAAAGGCAUGGCUGCAGUCCCUAAGCUCGUUCUCUUUACCUCAGAACAUAGUCACUACUCAAUAAAGAAAGCUGGAGCUGCACUUGGAUUUGGAACAGACAAUGUGAUUUUAAUAAAAUGCAAUGAAAGAGGCAAAAUAAUACCGGCUGAUUUAGAGGCAAAAAUUUUGGAAGCAAAACAAAAGGGAUACGUUCCUCUUUUUGUAAAUGCAACUGCAGGCACAACAGUAUAUGGAGCCUUUGAUCCAAUACAAGAGAUUGCAGAUAUAUGUGAAAAAUAUAACCUCUGGCUCCAUGUAGAUGCUGCCUGGGGAGGUGGACUCUUAAUGUCCCGAAAGCAUCGUCAUAAAUUAAAUGGAAUAGAAAGAGCCAACUCAGUUACUUGGAAUCCACACAAGAUGAUGGGAGUGUUGUUACAAUGUUCUGCCAUUCUUGUCCGGGAGAAGGGUAUACUUCAAGGCUGCAAUCAAAUGUGUGCAGGCUAUCUCUUCCAGCCAGACAAACAGUAUGAUGUAGCCUAUGACACUGGAGAUAAGGCAAUACAGUGUGGUCGACAUGUGGACAUUUUCAAAUUUUGGUUGAUGUGGAAGGCAAAGGGUACUGUAGGAUUUGAAAAUCAGAUCAACAAAUGCCUGGAGCUGGCAGAAUAUCUCUACACUAAAAUCAAAAACAGAGAAGAAUUUGAGAUGGUUUUUGAAGGGGAGCCAGAGCAUACAAAUGUAUGUUUUUGGUAUAUUCCACCAAGUCUCAGGGGCAUGCCAGACUGUGAUGAGAGAAGAGAAAAAUUACACAGGGUGGCACCAAAAAUCAAAGCACUGAUGAUGGAGUCAGGUACUACGAUGGUUGGAUAUCAGCCUCAGGGUGAUAAAGUCAACUUCUUCCGAAUGGUCAUCUCAAACCCAGCAGCAACUAAGUCUGACAUUGACUUCCUCAUUGAAGAAAUAGAGAGAUUGGGGCAGGAGCUGUAGUACAUUGAUUGAAUUGUUUAUUUCUCUAAUUCACUGUUUUCCAGUACUAGCUAAUUUUUAAACCCAGUUCUGCAGAACAUGUUUUAAGGAAAUUCUCUUUCUGUAAGUUCCAGUCUCCUAAGGCAUCCUUAAACAAAACAACUGUAGGAUACUGAAACAUAUAUGUAUUGGUAGAUCAUAUUACUGAGGGAAAAUGUAUUAUCUUGAAGUUGAAAUAUGAUUGACUCUUAUGUUGGUCUUGUUUAUUGUAGUCAG